UCCUGUUGUCUGAGAUCGGUUGAAUAUUUGAAAUACAAAACAACAAGCUUGUUUGGGUGUAACAGUAACGGGCUUUUCUUACAGGCUUUUAAAAAUUGGGAGAUAACUGCGAAAAUCUGCUCACUGACUCUCUACAAUGGUCUGCGGGUCAAUCUGAGAAAUAUUAACGGCAGCUAAAGACUCACCUGAGCUUCCUGCUGAGAAAAGAAAGGAGAGAAGACAGGGACAACAGCAAAGACAAACACAUCAAGAGAAGACAAAGAGAAAUGUUCAAAACCAUCACCCGUCUGUUUUUUGGGGGAGAGGAGGAGUCCCCUGAAGAGAUCAAGUCUGGAGAAGUGGUUGAAGAGGGGUGGCUAGUUGUCAGUCAUCAAGAGACAAAUUCAGCAGAGAACCAGGAUGCAGGGCUGACUGACACCCAACCAUUAAACUCUGCAUCUCAUGGAGAAUCAGUUACAAACAUGGAAGUGGAUACAAGUGUGUUAGAUCCAGAGUCCACAGUUCAAAGUAGCACCACCACCAGUCAAGCCAUCUCUGGCUCUUUCUCUCAGCCUAAAGCUCUGUCAGAGGCGACACAGUUAACCUGCAUCCAGAAGGCAAAGUCCUUGGCAGACCGACACCUGAAUUCCCGUAACGCCAUCCAGCGCCAGAACCGUGUGCGCCAAGGAGUCCAGCACCAUUCCUUCCACCUCCAACAGCCAGGGCAUCGCAACCUCAGUCACUGAAGCUCUGGCUGUAAACGAAGGAAGUAAUCUUUAAGCAUACAUCAUCCACAUUAAACAUAUACUGUCAUACACACACAGCUGAGAGCUGACAAAAAAGUAUUACUCCAUAAGAUGAUACACUAAGUUUUGUCCAGGUGUAAGCUACACAUCUAAUCCUGAUGUAACCCAUUAUAAUACUUGACAACUGUUACCAGGUAAUAGGCAGCUACGUUAUAACCUGUACUGUAUAUGAAUUAGGAACAAAAAAUAUUCACCUCAUGAAAUAAGAUACACUAUGUUUUCUUGUUUGUGUGCAUGUGAGUUUUUACAUGUGGAUGAGAAAAAUGCAGCCUAUGCAAAAUGUAUCUUCAAACAUUUUGACAAAGUGAUGUGAUUUGUGUAUUGACAUGUAUUUACCUCUAUGUUCUUGGUUUAAAACCUUUUUAUACAGCAAUAAAGAAAAGUAUGACUUUGCA